ACUUCAACUUUUCCCCUUCUGACUCAGACGUUCUGCCGGAUGGAUGAGGGAACAUUCUCUGGGAAAACUUCAUUUUAUUCCCAUUUCUGAGGGCUUGCAAAUCGAAAUGUUUUACAGAUAGUGAUUGUAAUGGUCAAGGAGUUUAGGAGCCAUUUUUAAGAGAUUCCAGCUUGAGGUUUGGUCUUCUAUUGCUUAAGACGGUCCAUCUUUCAUCAUGGGUGACUGGAGUGCACUGGGGAAACUUCUUGACAAGGUCCAGGUGUACUCGACAGCGGGAGGCAAGGUCUGGCUCUUCAUCCUCUUCAUCUUUCGGAUCCUGGUUUUGGGAACGGCGGUGGAGUCGGCAUGGGGAGACGAGCAGUCGGCGUUCAAGUGCAACACGCUGCAGCCCGGCUGCGAGAACGUGUGCUACGACAAAUCCUUCCCCAUCUCCCACGUGCGCUUCUGGGUGCUGCAGAUCAUAUUCGUGUCCAUGCCGACCCUGCUGUACCUCAGCCACGUCAUGUUCCUCAUGCACAAGGAGGAGAAGCUGAAUAAAGAGGAGGAUAAACUAAGAGAGGUCCAGAGCAAAGGCGGAGACGUGGAUGCGCUUCUGAGGAAAAUCGAAAUGAAGAAGUUCAAGUACGGCCUGGAAGAUCACGGCAAGAUCAAAAUGCGAGGAGGGAUAUUUUACACCUACAUAUUGAGCAUCGUGCUGAAGUCCAUUUUUGAGAUAGGUUUUCUGUUAAUACAAUGGCAUCUUUAUGGAUUCAAGCUUUCUGCCUAUUAUACGUGUCAAAGGUUCCCCUGUCCCCAUAAAGUGGACUGUUUCCUGUCCCGUCCCACGGAGAAGACAGUUUUUAUCAUCUUCAUGCUGGUCGUCUCACUUGUCUCUCUAGCUCUCAACGUCUUUGAGUUUUUCUACGUGAUUUUCAUGCGGAUGAAAGACCAAAUCAAGGAGUCCGAGAGAAACUUUGACAGAACCUGCUAUAGCAAGCCCUGUCCGAGGAACCUGUCCAGUUACGGGUAUUACAACGACUGUUCCGCGCCCGUCCCCAAUCUGGGGUACAAUCUAAAUAUGGGCGACAAGUCGAACUCUUCCGACAAUUACGACAAGCAUGCCAAUGAGCAGAACUGGACGAAUUACAGUACAGAACAGAACCAGUUGGGAAAGAAGGACUAUUGCCACACCCAACGCUUUCCGUACCCGGAGAAAGGGACUCUGGGGAAAGAUCUUCUUCUGCUUAAAGAGCUUGAACCUCGAGCCAGUAGUCGAGCGAGUAGUCGGGCCAGACCCGAUGAUCUGGACAUCUAGCAGAGACCUUGAUAAAGGGCCUUAUUGACAAUUUCUAAAUGUCACAUCUCUGAAAGGAGGACACAGUUCUACAUCCAAAGAAUGCAGAUUUAGCAUUUAUAUUUAUAUUUAUUUUUGUGUUUUGUAUUUUAUUAUAGUUCAUGAGAAAUGGUUGAGAACAGUAUUUAUGCACUGUAAAAAGAAUUCCACUUAUUUGAACGUAAAAACUGCCUUCAAUUUAAAGUUACAUUAAAGGGAUAGUUCACCCAAAAAUGAAAAUCCUGUCAUCCUUUACUCACCUUCGAGUUGUUCAAAAUCUGUAUAAAUGUCUUUGUUCUGAUGAACACAGAGAAAGAUAUUUGGAAGAAUGCUUAUAACCAAACAGAUCUUGCCCCCCAUUGACUGUCAUAGUAGGAAAAAUUACUUUAUUUUUUUUCUGUUGAACACAAAAUAAGAUAUUUUGAAGAAUGUAGGACAGCAAACCGUUCUGGGGCACUUUUGACUACCAUUGUGUUUUUCCUACUAUGGGAGUCAACGGGGGGCAAAAUCUGUCUGGUUUGAAGCAUUCUUCCAAAUAUCUUUUUCUGUGUUCAUCAGAACAACGACAUUUAUACAGAUUUGGAACAACUCGAAGGUGAGUAAAGGAUGACAGGAUUUUCAUUUUUGGGUGAAGUAUCUAAACAAGUCACUUGAUUUUAAAUGUUAUUUAACUGACUUCAAAAACCUAGUUGUAUUUCGUAUAACUUAAAAUGAAGUUUAAAUGGGUAAAAGUUAUGAAAAAAUGUGUUAACAUGACUUUUUGAGUACAUCAUUUGAAAAUGUUCUGAUUGCGAAACACCUCAACCUUAUUUUCAAAUAAACAUUGAAUUUUGUUUGUUUAUUUGGCACAUAAACUGGGAUUUUUUUGUAUAUUCAACCUUAAGAUUUUUUGGAACAAAUUCAUAUGAAUGUAUAAUGCAAGGUGUAUAUCUUAGAUAUGUACGUCAAUUUUUCUUUUAUGUUUUUCACUACAUCAUCGUCCCAAAAACAUUCAAGCUAUUUUUCCAGUCUUUGAAUUUCACAAUUGAACUAAUGUCAUUCUACAGCUGGGUAAAACAUUAAGACUAUUCCAAAUUUUUAUUUAAGCAGCAUUUCUAGAUGUAUUGUGGCCAUUUCAGUCCAGUGUCUGUUGCAUUUCAACAAAAUCAAAGCUCAGGAGUGACAAAGUCAUCCAACAGCAAUGUGAAAGACUGACAUCAUGACAAGACACAUGAAAACUGAAAUAAAAAUCCAGGUUAUCGCAUAAAAAAUAUUUUUGAACUUUUCCUAAAUACAUGUACAAAUAUGACUGUUGUAUUGC